UUUUUUUUUCUUUUUUUUUUUUGGUUUUUCUUUCGACUCCUACCACCUGCAAACGGAGUGAAACCCCAAUUCGUUACUGCUGCAGCACACUCUUCAUUCGAUUCCUCCAUAUUUCUCUUCAAGCUAUUUCUCCAGAUUUUCAUUUAAAUCGUAAUUUUAGGCGUCCAAAGGUAAGUUCUUUUACAAAUUUUGAUAAAAUUAAUAAAAUUUCUGGACUGGUUUUGAUUGAUAUUCAUUCAGAUUUGUCGUUUAUUGGUCUUACUCAUUUUUUUUCUGUUCAAAUUCAUUGCUUUUUUCUAGUUUUGUUGUUAAACAUUAUUGUUUUUCAAUUGGGUUUUUUAUUUAAUUUUUCCGGUGGCAACUAUUCAGUACAGUCAAACAGUCCGUUUGGGGUAACCCGUUCCCGGUUGUCCGUUACAACCAUUGGCUUCUUUUGCUUCACAAACCUAAUUUUCAUUGGAUAGUCAAUAUCUUUCAUGCCUAAACAUGGUUAUUUGUUGAUGGUGAAAUUCUUUGAACUUUGAAUGCCAAAACUUUUGGUGGGAUUUGCAAUUGGGUAAUUGAGAACUCUUAUAAGCAAUUACAAUGUAAAAUUGUUUUGGUUUAGGUCUUGAGGAUUUAGAAUUUUGGGUGAUGUUCAGAAACAUUGUUCACCUAAUCUGCUAAUUAAUCUGUUCUAUGAAUUUGGCAAAACUCAAUUUCUGGGGAUAUGGCUUUGGCAUUGUUGUUUUAUGAAUUGGAAUUCGCUCAAAAUGGCCUAAAUUCUUUUUUUUCAAUUGAAUUUUGUCAGAGAUUAGCGAAUUAGAUAAUACGGGUAAACGCAUUUAAAAAUAAUUAUGCUGAUUCUAGUUUGCUUGGUGGCAUUGUUUUUCAUGUAGUAGUAGAAGUAUAUUACACAGAGCAAUCAAUAAACUAGACUUCUUUAUUGUUUUUGACUAGAAUUUCUAUUUUCUUGGUUGCUCGUUUAUGUAGUCUUUAUGGUUAAAAUUGUUGAUCAGGGGUGAAUAGCUUGAUUAUUGAAGGGAAAGAGGAGAAGAAGCGAAGGUUCGAGAAACGGUUGAACUUUUAUUGAGGUCGUAAUUGACAUUAUUUUGAUCCCAUCGCCAAGUAUUGUCACAUUUUACAUAGAGAUUGGAUGUAUGAUAUGAUUUGCAGUUUUGGCAAACAUCGAUCUGUCUAUAGAGCUCUUAUAUCUAGAUUUGUUAAAGCAGGACUUAUUGACCAAGCGAUUGAAACUUUUGACAAGAUGAUUAGUUCGAACUGUCGAGUUUUUAGUAUAGAUUACAAUCGUUUUAUUGGGGUGCUUAUUAAGCAGUCCCGUCUUGAUUUAGCCGAGUAUUAUUACAAUACUAUGAUUCCACAAGGGUUUUCUUUGAUUUCUUUUACGUAUUCGAGAUUUAUAUGUGCCUUGUGUGAGGUGAAGAAUUUCGAGCUGAUUGAGAUUCUUCUAAAAGACAUGGAAAAGCUGGGAUCUGUUGCGGACAUAUGGGCCUACAAUAUUUAUCUACAUUUGUUGUGCCAGGAAAAUCAAACAGAUUCAGCUUUAAGCUUAUUUGAGGACAUGAUGCAGAAAGGAAGACAACCUGAUGUUGUAACAUAUACUGUACUUGUCAAUGGAUUGUGUAAGGUAGGACAAUUUGACAAUGCAAUUGAGAUUUGGCAUACAAUGAAAAAGAAUGGAUUGCAUCCAGACGAUAAAGCGUGUAGGGCUUUGGUUCUUGGUUUAUGUGGUGGUGGUAAAGUUAAUUUAGCUUACGAUCUUAUAGUAGAUGUGAUAAAACGUGGAGCGCCUGUAAGCAUAUUGGUCUAUAAUACUCUUAUAAGUGGGUUUUGUAAGAUUGGUCAGAUUGAUAAAGCACUAGCUAUCAAAUCAUACAUGAAGGCGAAUGGAUGUGAGCCAGAUCGAGUCACGUUCAAUAUAAUUCUGGGGUAUUGCUGUGAUCACCUUUUGCUCGUGAAGGCUGAAAAACUGAUGGAGACGAUGGAAAGGAAUGGGCUGGAACCUGAUAUAUAUAGCUACAACCAAUUUCUGAAGGGUCUUUGUAAAGCGAAUCGUCUGGACAAGGCCUACUUGUUGCUCGAUGUGAUGGAAGUGAAAGGAUUAUGUGACGUUGUCUCGUAUAAUACCAUAAUUCAGGGACUAUGUAAUGCCCAUAAUAUCAUAAGGGCUUACAAGAUUUUUGAGGAAAUGUGUCGCAAAGGAAUUGCCCCGAAUACUAUGACAUUUACCAUUCUCAUAAAAUUUUUUCUUAGAGAAGGUAGUUCCAGUAUUGCGGAGCAGCUUCUUAAUCAAAUGACAGGAAUGGGCAUUCUUCCGGAUUGCGUUCUGUAUACCACUCUUAUUGAUCAUCUUUGCAAGACAGGAAAAGUCGACGUGGCUCAGAGGUUUUUCUACGACAUGGUAGAGAGUGGGACAACUCCUGAUGUAGUUUCAUACAAUACUAUUAUAAGUGGGCUUUGCAAAGCUUCUAGAACGGAAGAAGCUAUGAGUUUGUUCACCAAUAUGCAAAAGCAAGGUCCUUAUCCGGACGAGGCGACAUUCAAAUGGAUUAUAAAAGGGCAGAUACAGGAAAACAAAAUUCCAGGGGCUUGUGUUUUGUGGGACCAAAUGAUGGAAAAGGGAUUUACUCUAGAUGGGUUAACCUCUAAAAGGCUAAUUAAUGCACUCAAUUCGAAAGGAAAUUCAUAAUCAAGUGGGACUUUUCUUAACUAUCGGCGAGGAACUUAUUGAUUUGGGCACAAGUAGCUUUUCAGUUAUGUCUGUUUAUUCAUCAGCAACGUCUGGAAAAACUGUACACGGGGAAGUUAAGACACGCCACUGGUUUCAUUGGUAUAUUUUCCUUGAGGUUCAACUCAAAUUUAGUAACAAUGGAAGUAUGUUUGAAGCAGGGAUGAUCUAUCUCACUGCAGCCAAUAGCUAUGGUUUCAUCUCUAAAAGGACUUGAUCAAUUGAGGCUUCUUUGGUGAACGAAUUUCAUUGUACGUAUUGGGUUGGGCCAUAAUGGAAAAUGAUGCAAAGGCUCUUAUUGAUUAUUUGUAUCGGAUAACUCAUCCUGCCAUGCUCACUACAAAAAGUUUCAUGUUUUCUUUUGCAUUUGUGUGACAUAUUAUGCUAUAAAAGACGGUGGCACUGCCAUCGCGUCAUAGAUUGUUGGAAGCGCUCUCAAGAUGAGAAGUUGUUCAUCAAAUCAUGCUGCAAAGAAGAUAGCAAUCAACAAGGGUGGCAUCGUCUCAAAGAUUUUGGUAACGAGCUCGAACAAAUAUCAAAGAUUUGAAUCAUUGUAUGAGUUUCAUGUUUCAUCGACAUAAUUAACCAUGCAUUACCCGAUGUUAUCGAGUACUCUAUGUAAAUUAGUCUAUCUUUUGGAUUUUUUGUAUGGAAUAACUAACGAGCUACUCUUGUGAGAGCUCGUCUCCGGUAAGACGACCUCAAAACAAUCGCACAGUGAUACCAUCUCAUUUUGCAACAACUAAUAGAUGGGGUGUUAUCUUCAGAGUUUUCUA